GGAGUAUAUAAGAGAGGAGAGAGGAGUAUAUAAGAGAGGAGAGAAGAGUAUAUAAGAGAGGACUCGGGACUCUGGAGGAAACAGACACAACGCAGAGACCAUGGCCGGUGCUCCAGAGACAGGAACUGAACGCGGCCUUUCUAUGGUAGAAGAUCGUAAAGGGUCUCUACUGGAGAAACUGAACAAAUACACAAGCAGCACAGAGAAGGUUGGACCUCUGACUAUUUACAAGAGAAAAAUAGAGCAGCAGAGUAUAUGCAAAUUUAAAACAGUGCAGCUCAAUAAGAAAAGUAAAGUGAUCAUGAUGGUCGGUGAAACUGGAUCCGGUAAAACAACCCUGAUUAACACUAUGGUCAACUACAUCUUUGGUGUGGAGUGGAAGGAUGAUCACCGGAUCAAGCUAAUUGAGGAGAGUAGUGGGAAGAGUCAAGCCCACAGCCAAACAUUGAGUGUUGCCUUGUACCAGAUCCACCAAGAAGAUGGCUUCCGAAUCCCGUACACCAUAACCAUCAUUGACACUCCGGGGUUCGGAGACACCAGAGGGAUAGAUCAUGAUGAGAAAAUCAUGAAGAAGAUACGAGAAUUUUUUUCUAAAUGCAAAUUCACAGAAAUUGAUGCGAUUUGUUUCGUGGUUCAGUCAUCUUUGGCUCGGUUAACUCCAACCCAGGUGUACAUCUAUGACAACAUUUUAUCCAUUUUUGGGAAAGACAUCAAGGAUAAUAUAGUCUUCUUCACAACUUUCGCUGAUUUUGAGGAACCCAACGUUCUCUCAGCAAUUACUGAGGCUGAUGUUCCCUGCGCAAAAUCUAAAGAUGGAAAACCUGUGUAUUUUAUGGUCAAUAACAGCAUGCUGUACGCUAAUAACCGCCCUGGUGAAGUUGGCAAACGUGCCUGCAAGGCUCAGGAGAUGCAGUGGGAAGUGGGAAUGGAAAGCAUUGAGAAGUUUUUUUUACAAUAUUUGCCUGAAUUAGCCAGUAAAGAUUUAACUUUAACAAAGGAAGUUCUAGCAAAAAGAAAUGCUUUGGAGGUGAGUUUGGAUGGACUUGUCCAAAAAUUUGAGGAGGUGACCGGGAAACAACAUGAAUUGGAGCAAACCGAGAGAAUUCUGAAUGAACACAGGGCGGAGGUUGAAAAGAACAGGGAUUAUGAGUAUGAAGUGACGGAAACUGUAAAAAGAAAGGUAGACUCGUCCGAAUACUCAGUCAACUGCCGGAAUUGCAGCUCUACAUGUCACCAAGACUGCAACGCGUUCGCUGACUUCCUGGUUUAUUUAUGUGGAGCUUUUAAUUGGAAGGGAAUUUGUCGUGUGUGUAAACAUGGCACCAAAAGACACUUUUUAGAAAAGUCUUGCUGGAAAACUUUUGUUGAAACCAGGAAGGAAACGUAUUUUGAUAUUAAAGAAAAAUAUGAAAACGCGAAGAAGAAGGAGAUGACUCUGGAAGAUGUUCUCUCAGAGAUAAAGAAAGACAUUACGAAGAAAGAGGACGAGUUACUAAAAAUUACUCAGGAGAUUGCCGAGAUCCUCAAACUUCUCCAGGAGAUCGCCUUAAAACCAAACCCGGUGUCUGCCGUGGAUUACAUGAAGCUGCUCAUCGAAAAAGAGAAGCGGGAAGGAAAGGCUGGAUUCCUUGAGAGAAUUAAAAUAAUGGAGGGAAACAUUAAAAAAUUUGAAAAUAUCAGUAAAAUUUCAUCUGGCAAACGGCCAAACUGAAAAAAAAAAAAACAAGGUGCCAUUGUAAAUCUUGUUGGUCCCAAUUAUUGUUUUGUUUGAUUAAGAAGUUCUCCAAUGCCUCCCAUCUCACCCAUUUUUAUAUAUGAUAGAGAACAUUACCCGAGUGUUCCUCAGGCUACUCACUGUUUUUCCUUUUUUCCUCCUCCAUACCAUAGAGUAUGUGAUAAUUAGUGAAUACAUAGACAGGCCCAUUUGGAAUUUCAGUAAUUAUAGAACUUCCUGCUAUCGCGAUGUUGGAGCCAAUGAAAUUAUAUCUGAUGUUCUUCAAUCACUAAAGAACAGUUUUAUCCGAUUUUGAAAGGAAAGCAUUGUUGUGUCUAGAAGAUAAUUUAUCAUCAUUUGGCUAAUCCAAGUAUUCACCAUUCAGUCCAUCAUGAAUGCUGCUGCCAUCCACCUUACCAACUGCUCAGUUUCCUCCACCCCUCUCCGCUAAUCCUUC